AAGUGUAAUGUAAUAAAUAAGUUUUAAUUUGUUGUAAACCGCAAUCGUCCGCGUACCGGCAUCAUUGUCUCCCCCGAUAUCACCAACAUAAAAGUGGCGACGAGGAAAUUUGGUAAAAAAAAGUGAUACACACGCAGAGCAACAAUUCCUUCCUCACGCAAACGCCGUCGUACGGACUCAUCGAUGGAGGAAGAGCAGCGCCGUCUCUCGCAGCAGUUCGAAACCCCGGGUACUGCGUUACUACAACCCGGAUACGGCCAACCGCUCCCGCCAAACGCUCCAGCGGUCGAGCAGCAGGGAUCUCAAGCGUCCUCGGCACAUUUUUCGCCAUCGCUAUCAUCAGCGCCCACAAGCCUUCAUCCGCCAUCGCUCGCUCCAGCCGCUUCGAUGCAGCACCCGCCAUCGCUACCAGGCGUGUCACAAAACGGUGAGCCAACAAUGUAUCAAAUAAUGCAGCUUCUACGCCAAUUAAUGACAAAAAUUGAGCAACAGCCGCCAGCAUCACUGCCCACAAACGCAUCGCAGCAGCAGCUACCAGAAGUGCAUCCGCCAAGUGCAUCACAGCAGCAACCACUAGUAUCGGAAAUCGCGUCGCAACCGCAGCAGCAGCAUCGGUCAGCUCCAGCCAAUCCGGAGCAAAUCCUGGACUCGCUGGCGAGAAACAUCACCGAAUUCCGCUUCGAGGCUGAAGCCGGUCUAACGUUCGAGGCGUGGUACUCGCGCUACGAGGAUCUGUUCGUCAGUGAUGCAGCCAGGAUUGACGAUGCGGCCAAGGUACGAAUGCUUAUGCGGAAGCUAGGAUCAAUGGAGCAUGAGAGGCCAUUUUCGGCAAGGCAGAAUCCCUUUUAACUAAACGCUACAAAUGCAUGCAAAUCGUCAAAACGAAAGCUGAGGAUUUUUUGGCCUACGCAUGUCGAGUCAAUCGGGCAUGUGUUGAUUUUGAGCUGAACCGCAUGGGUGAAGAACAGCUCAAGUGUCUGAUUUUUGUAUGUGGGCUGAAAGAAGACACGGAUAGAGAUUUUCGGGUAAAGCUGCUCUCGCGUAUCGAGGAACAUGCUGAAAUCACCCUCGAGCAAUUAUCGGCGGAGUGUAGUCGUCUG